UUCUUCCAGUCCAGACUACAACGGUGGACGAAACCCCGCCCCCGCCUUCUGAUUGGUUACACACAAUUGCGCGGCACGCUCUAGACCACGCCCUCCAACUGCUGUCGAUCCCGCCCUAUAAAUUAAUAGGUUCGGGUCAACCCCUUUUCCUGGGAUAGGGAGAUUCGACUAAGAACUUCUUCUGGAACCAUCAGUUGGGAUUUUCAUGUGACCAAGGCAUCAUUCAUGUUGCCAUGCCAUGGUCAAGAAACCAAAGAACUACAGAAGAUUUUACUGACAAUUGGGCAUCUGGAAUAUAUAACACAGUAACAUACAAGAGCCUGUAUGAUAAUCAGCUUCAGUACUCUGUACGCAUCAAUGAAAAAGACCACAUUCUCCAUCUCAAGAAGACGCCAGACCUUCUGACCCUGAAUUUUACUGCCUCUCAUUACAAGGAGGAUGGAUCGCUGGUCACUGAAACGCCUGGACAUCUGGCCCACUGCUGCUAUACAGGAUCAGUGGAUGGGAUCCCUGGAUCUGUGGCCUCGGUCUGUACUUGUCACGGGCUCAGUGGGUAUGUGACCAUCGGAGAUGAGACAUACAGCAUUGAUCCCUUUAUGUACAACUCAUCAGACCAUGUGAUCACUACAGUUGUGGCCAACUCCCACCGCCGCCAACAGCGCUCCCUACAGUCCAACAGCAGAGAGGGCCAGCAAUACACCUACAGUAUUGAGCUGUUCCUGGUGGCCGAUAAUAAGGAGUAUCAGCGUCAUGAAGAAAACUUGGAAAAGACCAGACACCAUCUUAUCUCAGUAGCUCACCAUCUAAACCAGAUAUUGUCUAGGAUCAACUUCCAGGUCUUCCUUGUGGGGGUGGAGAUCUGGACGCGGGAAAACAAAGCGGUGGUGUCAGAGACGGCCUCCGCCACUCUGAGGAGGUUCUUGCAGUGGAGGACGGAGUACCUGCUUCCUCGCAAACAUCACGACAAUGUCCAGCUCAUAAGUGGUGCCCACUUCAGGAACCAUGUGUUGGGCGAAGCAUUCUUGGGCAAGAUGUGCACGGAGUCUCAAAGCGGGGGAAUCAUAAAAGACACAGGGCUCAGUGCCAGAGAACUGGCCAAGUACAUAGCACACGAGAUUGGGCAUAACCUGGGCAUGAGCCAUGAUACAGAGCACUGCUACUGUCCUGCCGCCACUGGGAAAUGCCUGCUAACCCAACGCACCGGACACAACAUGAAUGAGAUGUUCAGCGAUUGUAGCCACCGCUCCCUCCACCGCUUCCUGGCAGAAAAGGACAUCACCUGCUUAAUGGACAAACCCCACACCUACAUAGAUGAGCCAACGCUGCAGGACAACCCCAUGGAGAUGCUGGAGACCAUUGGGAAGGUCUCGGUUUUCCUCUGCCUGGUGGUCGCCUUCUUGGCUCUGAUCAUCAUCUUCAGCAUGAAGACUUGUAGGAGACCUGGAGAGAAGACAUUGAACAAAUGGCCGUCGUGAGCCGCC